CGAUUUUGCCACCCAACUUCUCCCACUCCUUCACCACUGUGUCCCGCUUUCUCACCUCCAUCAUUCAUUUCAUUCGUUUUUUUUCCCAUCCGUUUCUUUUCUUCUUUUAUUCUUGUUUUCUUCUUCUUCUUAUUACCUUAAAUUGAUUUCCUAACUCUUGGAUGUCGUGUUUCCGUGCGUUUCAACUUUCAACAAACCCAUCUUUUUCUUUUCUUUUUAUUCGUCUCUUAAGAUUCUGAAUCUUCAUCAAUUGGCUCCUUUCGAUUCCUUGUUUUGCAGGAUCUGAAGGAAGCUAUUUUUUUUUUGUUUCUUUCCUUCUGUAAAUCGGUUGAAUUUUUGAUGGGUAAUCUCUAAGAGGUAUAAAUGUUCUCUUACAAGACCUUUGAGUUUCUUACUUUAAUUCUAUUGAAAGUUGAAUACUUUACGGCUACAUACACAAAACGGUUAAGCACUAGAGAAGAUGUUGGGAGGCAACAAUGAGAACCCUUUGCCGCAAGUUCUAAUGAACGAUAGCCAGUUUCAAUACCAGACAAGCACAUCGUUGAGUCAGCUUCACUUGCUCGGAACCAUGAGAGCUGGUUGCGCUAUUGAUCCUGUAAACUACUUUGCUAAUGAUAACCUUGCUCCAAUGAUUCGGCAUAAUAGCAAACGCGGAAGAGAAACAAAACUCAACAAUAAUAUCCAGAGACAACAGAAGCUGCAGAUCUCUUUGAAUCAUAACUACAAUAACAGUAGCGUUGUUCAAGAUGAAGCCCCAAAGCAGAACUUAGUGUCAACUGGUCUGAGACUAUCUUAUGACGACGAUGAGCGAAACUCUUCUGUAACUUCUGCAAAUGGAAGCGUCAAAACUCCAAUCUUUCAGUCACUCGGUGACAAUAUUAGAUUGGACCUUGAUAGACAGAAAGAAGAGCUUGAUCAGUUUAUCAAAUUCCGGGCGGAUCAACUCGCUAAAGGUGUGAGAGACAUAAAACAGAGGCAUGUCACGUCCUUUGUCACGGCCUUAGAGAAGGAUGUGAGUAAGAAGAUUCAAGAGAAAGACCAGGAGAUUGAAAGCAUGAACAAGAAGAACCGGGAACUAGUGGAUAAGAUAAAACAAGUGGCUGCAGAAGCUCAGAACUGGCAUUACAGGGCAACGUACAAUGAAUCUGUGGUUAAUGCAUUGAAGGUAAAUCUGCAACAAGUGAUCUCACAUGGAAAAAACAACAACGCAGCAGGAUUAGUAGUAGCUGAUCAUCAUCAUCAAGUAAACGAAGGGUUUGGGGAUAGUGAGAUUGAUGACGAGGCUGCCUCAUACAACUACCGGACCAUACCGGGGAUGCCAAGUAGUACUGGGAUGAGAUGUAAGUCGUGCAAUGCAAAGGAGGUUUCGGUCUUGCUUGUGCCGUGUAGGCACUUGAGUUUGUGUAAAGACUGUGAUGUGUUUACUGGUGUUUGUCCUGUUUGUCAGUCUUUGAAAACUUCUAGUGUUCAGGUCUUCUUCUCCUGAGAAGAAUCCAUGAAAAUAGAGUCUGUUCUUCAUACUCUUGAAAAGUUGAUUAUGGAGAAAGGUGAACAUAUUUGUAUGUUAUGAUGAUGAACAAACUUGCUUGA